GGAACGAUCGCCGGAAGUUACGAAGAAUCAUGCUACUUACUAACAUAUCUAGCCAGCGUUUUUUUUAAGGUUUUCUUUCUCUAGGGGGUGGACAAAACAAACUGUACAUACUUUGUGUUGAACUCGGGAAUUGUUCUUUUCAAUUUUACCUGUACACUAUCGAUUUUCAAAAAACACUUGUCAUAUAAUUUUUUACGCACAUGUUGGGAUUGAGACCGCCGUUUGGUUCGGCUUCAAUUGCCGCGAAUGUACCACUCGAUAGCAACGGGUUCCCAGUCCAGCGAUUUUCUACGCGGUAUCACAGAGGGCAGAAUCCUCGCGUGUGGGGCCACGACACCGGAUUCACUGACAGCGUCUAUAGUGAUGGAGAAGUCAGGAGAAGAAGUAUCAAGGCUAGCGCGAGUUCUUUUCGUUCAACAAUUCGAUGUGGUUUAUCUGUCUUCCUCGCAAAGACGAAAUGCUGUUUCCAAAAGACACUGGAAGGCUGUAAGUACAACAGCUUGUUCCUGCAAUCUUCAUCUUUCAAAAAAAAACAAAGGUACGGGCAGCAUGCUCCGGAAGCGGUCACCGCAGUGGUCCGCCUUCCAGGAUAGCCUCGGCCAGGAGAUGGGCGAAUUCAAGAACGUGGCGAACACGAGUGUGAUGAGCUUUUCCCCAAGGUCACUUUCCCCAAGAGAACGACAGCGCAAAGAGCAGAAUUUGGAGCCUUGGGAAUUCAAAGCGCCGCUGAGACAGGAAAUCAAGGACCUGCGAAAUCACAAAUUUUGGCACGUGACGCUCGACUACAAACCGAAACCGACGUCGGUGAACGGCUACUGUACAGAUAUGAUGAUGUGACGCACCUUUUUUUCGUUGUAUUUGUCAGUCAUGUAGUUGAAGUUGAACUAUAAGACGAAGACGGGUUUGACCUUGAGUAACAAACUGCACAUCAAAGGAGCCUUAUCACUCGCUUAAAAACAUCAUCACGUGCAGGGCAUUUCCAGAACAGCUUCAAGCCCUGCACCCAGCUGACGGAUUUGCCACGGCGGCCGGGAACGCCACCCUCUCCGCGUGAUGAGUUCGAUGCCAGCGAGCACAUCGGCGCCUUGAGUUCGCCGGAGUUGAGCCGUAUUGUUUGUUCUCUUGCUCUAAGAAUGGAUACAGUAAACAGUUUUUUGUUUCGUCAAACUCGUGUAAUUUUUGCUCCCACAGCCAUCCUUUCAUUUGCUUACCCUACACGUACACACCAUUUUCAUAACGACAAGCCAUAGACAAGCCAUAUACGUUCUAAAAGGAUAGGGGGGCGUGCUUAAAUGAAUUACAACACCAAAAUGAAAUAGCCCGUCACUCCCCGCGUUCCCGGAGUCCACGGUCUCCCCGAAGGUCGCCAGUGCCGGAGCUCGACACCAGGCGGCUUGUGCGAACGAUGGAUACGCUGUCAAAGAAGCCGGAGCACAUUGGAGAGGAGUUUGCGCACUUUGCAAGGGAAAAAAAGAGACACCUCGCCAACGUGUCUCACACCCGGGUGCUCUUCGACCAGAGCAAGCAUGGCGGCGGUCUCUCCAGUCGCAGUCACGGCGGGACACAGAGCGAAAAGCACAUCCGCUUAGCGGAGUCGAUUACAAGUACUAAAAUAUGAAUGUCAAUGUGGUCUCUUCUAUUUUAUAGAUGAUGAAACGAGAGAAAACUUGUUGCGUAGGUAGCAGCAGUCUUGUUUUAUUCGCAGAAGGGUGGACCUCAUAGUCAUACUCCACUUCUGGUUUACGGCACUUAUUCUCCCAAAAAUGUGAAAUCGAAAAUGAAAAUUCGGCAGGACUGAGCGGCCCUACUGCGCAAAGUUACAACGAUAAAAAGCGUGCACCCAUGCGGCGUUACCGAAAGUACCUGACAGCCUCCCUGAGUUCCGUACGAAAACCAACAUCGCAAAUUCCGGAGAUGGUAGAUUCCCUAGGCCCGGUGCGGAGGGAAGGCUACUGGUGGCGGGAACCGAAGCCAAAAGAGUGGGGUUUCUAGUGGAAUCAGAAACCGUAUUGGCAAUGUUUUUUUGAUUGAUCAUGUACCAAAACCAAAUUGCUUGCCACUAGUAGGCUUUUUUGUAUUAAAGUAAAAAAAAUGACCUUAAAGUAGUAAGCUUGUACAAUGAAAAACACCUAGGGCCACCUAAAGGUGUUUUCCUCUUAUUUUCUUCAUUUUUGCUUAAUAACAUUCAAUCGACGUAGUUGCGGCAUGCUUUUUUUGGCAAUGUCAGCAAUCAAAACCGCUUUCAUUCGUUGCAAAGACCGCACUCGCCACGAGUACGACCGGAAACGAGGUGCUGCACACAGACAACUUGUACGAUACCCCUUGUAUGUUUUGGCGUUGCUCGAACCGAGCGAGAAAUUUUUAUUUUCUCAGAGAAAUAAACAAAAAGAAAGCCACCGACCUACAAAAUCCGGACGCAGCCAUGGUUGCCCUUCGUGGUAUCAUGUGUGAGUCAACCGCCCAGCAGCGUCCACGCGUAAGUAUCCAAUAUGUUCGCACGAAACAGCAGAAUCUUUAUCUUUUGGCUUUGCUGACGGUGCGUUCUGAGAACAAGCUGAAGACGAGUCCCCACGAGCGAGUGGGUUUAACGGCGAUCUUCGGUGUCGUGUUUUCAAACU